AUGGCACAAGCAAAAGACGCUAUCAAGAAGGCAACUCGAAAUAUUCAUGAUUAUGGUUUACUUUUAACAAGAAAUGAACAAAAUAAUGAAAGUACGACGCUUCUUUGGUUUGAUCCAAAUAUUGAAUUGCAAGAAGAUACAGAACUCACUAAGCAACAAUUGCGUUCCAUCAAUGAUUUUGUUACAUUUCACACUGAUCUUGACCAAUGUGUUACAUAUAUUCAGUCUAUUAACAAAGAAAAGAUUUUUUUAAUCACAUCAGGAUCAAAAGCAUCACAACUUCUACCUCUGGUCAAUAAUCUUUGUCAGAUUAUUGAUGUUUAUGUUCAUUUAGAUGACCUGUGUGCAUCCAUUCGACAACAAAUUGAUCUUUUUGAUAAACAAUUAGAAGUAUUUAGUGCUUUCGAUCAUCAUCAAAAAUCAACAAAAGAUCUUUCAAAACAAUCAGCCGAGUUUCUUUGGUUGCAACUCUUUCAUCAUCUCAUUAUUCGUCUUCCACCAAAUCAAGAAGCAAAACAACGAAUGAUUAAUGUAUGUCGGCACUAUUAUCGUGGAAAUACGAAAGAAUUGGAUUUGAUUGAUCAAUUUGAACGAGAAUAUCGUCCAGAAGACGCCAUUCGAUGGUAUUCAAUACAAUCAUUCGUCUAUAAAUUAGUCAACAAAGCAUUACGAACUGAAGAUCUUGAUCAACUGCAAACGUUUCGUUUUUUCAUCGGUGAUCUAUCACAAAGUCUUGCUCGUGAGCAUGAAAAGAUCCUUUCGUCUAAUAAUAAAAUAUUAACUGUUUAUCGAGGAGCCAAGUUAGAUAAAGUAGAAUUCGAAAAAUUGAAAGAAAGUCAAGGAAAACUUAUUUCAACUAAUGGAUACUUGUCAACUAGUCGAAGUCGAUCACAAGCAAUUAAAUUUCUACAAGCAAGAGCAAACAGGCAGUAUGUUGUUAAAGUUCUUUUUCAAAUCGAAUGCCAUAUUCAACAACUUGGUAAAAGUGUUGUCUAUGCUGAUAUUGCCUCUUUCAGUGACUAUCCACAAGAACAAGAAGUGCUUUUUGAUUUAAAUGCAGUGUUUCGACUCAACUCGAUUGAAGAACAAGAUUCAAUACAACUAAUUCACAUGAAUGCAUCAAAUGAGGGAAAAAAAAUUACAGAAGAUUAUAUCAAGUUGACACAAAUGGAAAUUAAAGAAAAAAGUGUUAUCAUUGUAUUUGGACGAUUGAUGUGUAGUCUAGGCCAAUAUGAUCAAUCACAAAAAUAUUUUGAAGAACUAUUGAAGGAGCCUAAUGGUGAAGAUAUCGCUUGGAUAGAAUUCAAUUUAGGUCAAGUUCUAGAUUAUAAAGGUCAAUGGGAACAAGCGAAAAAAUAUUAUGAUCAAGCAUACGAUCGAAUGAUCAAAGCAGAAUCACCAAGAAUCAAAGACUCAGCUCAAGUGCUCAAUAAUAUUGGUGGUAUUUUCUAUCGGCAAGGAAAAUACAAUGAAUCUCUCGAUUUCCAUCGACAAGCACUAAAUAUUCGAAAAGAAUUCUGUCCAUCUGAUCAUAUAGAAAUUGGUAAUAGCCUCAACUACAUCGGUCUUAUUCUUGAUCUUCAAGGAAAGUAUAGUGAAGCUUUAGACUAUCAUCAACAAGCAUUAAAAAUACGUGAGAAAUUCUAUCCAUCUGAUCAUGUCGAAAUCGCUGCGAGCCUUAACAACAUUGGUUUUGUUCUCCUUCAUCAAGAAAAGUACGAUGAAGCUUUGAAAUACUGUCGACAAGCACUGAAAAUACGCGAGAAAUUUUAUCCAUCUGGUCAUAUUGAUACUGCUAAAAGCCUCAACAAUAUUGGUCUAAUUCUCAAUAAACAAAAAAAGUACGAUGAAGCUCUGGAAUACCAUCGACGAUCACUGGAAAUGCGUGAGAAAUUCUAUCCACCUGUUCAUGCUCACAUUGCUAUCAGUUUUGACAAUAUUGGCUCUGUUCUCAGUCAUGAAGGAAAGCCAGUUAGUUCGUCAUGUUACUAUAUAACAUUUCGUAUUAAUUUCUCUGCAUAUAUUCAUCUUAAUAUUUAA